AUGUCCGCCAAUCCCGUCCCAUCCAUCCUCGAGGAUAAAUUUGGAAUCGUGCAAGAGAGGCUAUGGCAGGAGCCAUUCUGGCUUAUCAUCGCCGUAGUAUUCCUAAACCAGACCACCGGCCGAGCCGCAAUGCCCGUCUUCUGGGCCCUAAAGGCAAGAUACAUCACCAUCGAGAACAUCGCCAACGCCGACGUCACCGAGCUCAGAACUAUGAUUGAACAUCUCGGCCUCGGAAAUCAACGUUCUAAGCGAAUCGUCGAAAUCGCCAAAGUCUGGCUCACAAAUCCUCCGACACGCAGUCGCCGCUACCGAACGCUACACUAUCCCUCCCCCGGCGACGGCAAAUCAAUGAAGAGCGCCGACAUCCUCGAAGACGACGUGGAGAUCACCCCCGGCGCCCUCGAACUUGGCCACAUGCCAGGUUGCAAACAAUAUGCCUAUGACAGCUGGCGAAUCUUCUGCCGCGACGUCCUCCGCGGCGUGGCGGAUGACUAUCGCGGCUUGAACGCCAAGGACUUCGAAAACUUCGAGCCGGAAUGGAAACGUGUGGUCCCCCUCGACAAGGAACUGCGGGCUUGUCUCCGAUGGAUGUGGUUACGCGAAGGCUACAUUUGGGAUCCCCUGACGGGCGAGAAACGGUUCGCCACGAGCGAGGAGAUGGCUCAGGCGAUUCGGGGACAGAUGGAAAUUGAGGAUCCACAGGAGAGGAAGUUUGCACGCCAGGCUGUGGAGAAUUCUGCGGCGGAUGCUGGUAAGUAUCAUCGCGAGGUUACCGAUGUUGGUAAUGAUGCUGAUCCGGUGACGGAAACUUUGGCACAAUAA